AUGAGCAACGCGCAGAACCGGGGCGGGGCCCGAAAGAUUUCGUUCAACGUGAGCGAGCAAUAUGACAUUCAGGAUGUUGUCGGUGAAGGUGCCUACGGAGUGGUGUGCUCCGCAGUCCAUAAGCCCUCCGGGCAGAAAGUCGCCAUCAAGAAAAUUACUCCCUUCGACCACUCCAUGUUCUGCUUGCGGACGCUGCGCGAGAUGAAGCUGUUGCGGUAUUUCAAUCACGAGAACAUCAUCUCGAUUCUCGACAUCCAGAAGCCCCGGAGUUAUGAGACGUUCAAUGAGGUCUACCUCAUCCAGGAACUCAUGGAGACGGACAUGCAUCGCGUAAUUCGCACACAGGAGCUCUCGGACGAUCACUGCCAGUACUUUAUCUACCAGACGCUGCGCGCCCUGAAGGCGAUGCACUCGGCCAACGUGCUCCACAGAGACUUGAAGCCCUCCAACCUGCUUCUCAACGCUAACUGCGAUCUCAAGGUGUGCGACUUUGGUCUGGCCCGCUCGGCGGCUUCUCAGGAGGACAACUCUGGCUUCAUGACCGAAUAUGUUGCCACCCGCUGGUACCGCGCGCCCGAGAUCAUGUUGACCUUCAAGGAGUACACCAAGGCCAUCGACGUCUGGUCGGUAGGCUGCAUCCUGGCCGAAAUGUUGAGCGGCAAGCCUCUGUUCCCCGGCAAGGAUUACCAUCACCAGCUGACGCUGAUCCUGGACGUGCUGGGCACGCCGACAAUGGAGGACUACUACGGCAUCAAGUCGCGGCGGGCGCGCGAGUACAUCCGGUCGCUGCCCUUCAAGAAGAAGGUGCCCUUCCGGACCCUGUUCCCCAACACGUCGGACCUGGCCCUCGACCUGCUCGAGAAGCUCUUGGCCUUCAACCCCGUGAAACGCAUCACGGUUGAGGACGCGCUCAAGCACCCGUACCUCGAGCCCUACCACGACCCGGACGACGAGCCCACGGCCCCGCCGAUCCCCGAGGAGUUUUUCGACUUUGACAAGCACAAGGACAACCUCAGCAAGGAACAGCUCAAGCAGCUGAUUUAUCAGGAGAUUAUGAGAUAG